AUGGAUACACAACCACAGGAUAAUAUACUCUCAACAAUUAUAACCAACGCUCCUUUGCUUUUCUCAUUACCUUCGUCUUUCUCAACUUUCAAAUUUUCGCUCAGUACCAAGAAAAUCAACCCAUACAAGGUUAGGGACACACGUGGAUGUGGCACUCUGUAUAACACUAAAAAAGGAAGAUAUUUCCUUAUCGAGUUAGAUAACUCCUCACAUGUAGAUCUAAGAAAGAAAAAUUUUUUCAACGUCUGCACCAAUGAUAUUCAAUUGCCCGAUGAUCAUCAUAGGAUCUUCAAUUCAAACUGCAAAAAGCUCAAUCUGAAUUACCUUAUAGGGACAUACCUGACCUUCGUCUUUACCUUAAACAAACAAUUCUCUCCUGCUAUUGUAGAUAAAUAUUUUUAUCAUUUACGCCAAUUAUUAUUAGACAAAAUAUUGGCAGUUAAAAAUAGAACUUCUUCCAUAUCAAAUAAAAAUAGACAAACAAAGACCUUUAUUCGAUUUUCUUCUGGGCCCCACGUGAUUUACCUGGGGUACUACUUCGCCUGCGGAUUUACAGAAAAUAAUAAAUGUUGUCAACAACCAGCUGCUGUCGUACUUUCACACAAUCGACAACAAUAUAAUCAACAUCUCCCUAAAUUUAUAAUACAUGGGAGAUUCCGAACUGGUAUAUUACCUCAAAACCCUAGUUUUCUUGCCUAUAAUCGAUAUCAGACUCAUAAUCACGCAAAAGAAGUUCAUUCAACACGACUUGGUAUCUCAUACAAUGUUAUCACUCGAAGAUACAAUGAAUGGAGAGGAAAACAAGAUUUUUAUCUUAAAAAUGUUAUGGAACCACUAUCUACUAAAACGAAGAAAGGUGUGAAGACCACACGCACGUUUUAUAAAGAAUAUUAUAACUUUGAGCUUGACGCUAACCGUACACAACAACAAAUCAAUCGGUGGAAUCGCCUAAAAUUUUCGAAUUUUAAAGCGGAAAGAUCCCUGGGUCAAGUCAGACCCUUCCUAAUCAAUGAACACUCACAUGUGUACAAAAAAAUUCAACAUGCAGUUGAACGUUUUCCUCCAUAUAAUAGAAAAAGCAAAUUGGAAAUUGAAAGCGAUAAGAUUAUUCGCAAAAGGACCAAAAACUGGAAACGCCGUACCAAAAUGCGUAACAAGAAAAGGAAACCUUUACCUCCUUUACCAGAUAAUUUUACUGGGAAAGCCAUAUCCUAUUACUUUAAUACACAUAAUAUUAAUCUCGCUGCGUAUAAAGUGCGACGACGCUAUAAUUUGUCCAGCAUCCCUGAUUAUAAAUUUGGUUACCUCAAAGCGAUCAGACGUUAUGGCAAAUAUCAAAAUCGUUUACGUUCACCCCCACCUCCAAUAGUUGAGGACAAGACCAUUGAUACUAAUACUCAACCUGAAGCUACUUUUUUUUCAGAUAAACUUAUUUCGAACUCCCAUAGAGCACAUUUUGCUCGUUCUACUCCUACUCUACAUCAAUAUCCGUCUCCGCCUAAACCUGAUCCUCUCAAAUGGAUCAAAGAUGGUGAUGAAAGACCCAUCAGGAAACCAAGAAAACGAAGAACUAUACUUCCGCCCACACCUGGGCCUGACCAAUAAUUGGAAUAUUUUUCCUCAUUAGUUUACUUAGUUUCUACUUUUAUUUUUUACUAUAUGUAAAACAAUCAUGGACCUUUGUAACGUAUAUUAUUUUGUAUAUGACAGUAUUUACAUACAAUAGCUAGUUUUAGUUAAAAGAAAAAUACGGAUGAUAGAUUUGAACUCCC